AUGGUUGCAGAUAACAGAAGUAACAAGAAUAAAAGCCAAAAUCCGCUCAAGCUUGGGCAGUUUCAUGGGAUUUGCUCUGCGAUUGGGUCCGAGCUAGACGGCAUUGCGUUGUGUUCAGGGCUGGAGUCGUUGUCGAUCAAGAACUCGGCUGAUUUGACGGAUAUGGGGUUGAUUGAGAUCGCUAGAGGGUGCUGCAAAUUGGCCAAGUUUGAGGUUCAGGGAUGUAAGGGAAUCACGGUGAAGGGGCUGAGGACGAUGGCUUGCUUGUUAAGGAAGACUCUGGUUGAUGUUGGGAUCUCUUGUUGCAAAAACUUGGAUGCUGCUGCUUCUUUGCGGGCUUUGGAGCCAAUUCGUGAUCGGAUUCAAAGGCUCCACAUUGAUUGCGUUUGGGAGCAGGAGGAUGAGCAUGCCCGCAAUUUUGAUCUCAAUCAAGUGAAUGAUGAUGAGGCUGAGGAUGUUAAUAGUGAAGCCAGUGUGUUGAAUCGGAAUGGGGAGGACGGUGAUUACAUGGACUUGAAUUGGGCGGCUGAGUAUGAGCACAGAAGCAGCAAGAAAUGCAAGUUGGGGUUGGAUGGGGACUGUUCCUAUAUGCCACCAAGCAAUGGAUAUGGCUAUGGCAAUGGAAAUGGGUUUUGGUGUGGUGAGAGCUGGGAGAGGUUGCAUUAUCUUUCGCUUUGGAUUGGAGUUGGUGAGCUGCUGACUCCAUUGCCAACGGCUGGUCUCGAUGAUUGUCCCAAUCUGGAGGAGAUUCGGAUCCGGGUAGAAGGGGAUUGCAGGGGAAGGCAGAGACCCACACAACGAGAUUUUGGGUUGAGCUGCCUCGCCGGCUAUCCUCUGCUGUCCAAGAUGAAGUUGGAUUGUGGUGAUACAGUUGGCUAUGCACUUACUGCACCUCCGGGGCAGAUGGACCUGAGUCUUUGGGAGAGGUUCUUCCUGAGUGGGAUUGAAAGCUUGAGCCUCAGUGAACUCGAUUACUGGCCCCCGCAGGAUCGGGAUGUAAACCAGAGGAGUCUUUGGCUUCCGGCCGCUGGGUUGCUGUCAGAAUGCCUGACAUUGCGGAAGCUUUUCAUCCAUGGCACGGCACAUGAGCAUUUCAUGAUGUUCCUGGUGAGAAUUCCAAACUUGAACCGCAACUUGAGGGAUGUGCAGCUUAGGGAGGAUUACUAUCCGGCACCAGAAAACGAAAUGAGUACAGAGAUGAGGGUGGAUUCGUGCCGUCGCUUUGAAGAAGCACUCAACAGGCGGCCUAUCCUUGACUGAAGAUGAAACUAAUGUGAUUAUAAAAAAUAAAAAAAGUUGCAAGAGGAAUGUAAGAGUUCUGAACAUCUUGUUCAUCCCUGUUUUAUCAUUUUGAAAUUUCCAUCAAAUAAUACUUUCCUUUGUCAUCGUU